AGAUUGCUAGAUGCUGAGGCUUGGAUUCCCUACAUUAAAAAACUGACAGUGCAGGAUCAUCUGUACUCUGGGAGCUGCAGCGGCAGUUAUCUACUCUUCAAAGAUGCCACGUUGUUUUGCAAUUGGUUGCUCUACAAAACAAAUAAAGGGGAGAAAAACAAGCGAUAUCUCUCUGCAUUGCUUUCCGACAUCGCCUAACAGAAUAAGGACAUGGAUACAGAGCACUGGACAAGCUGUGGCAGACAUGGAUCAUCUAGUUGAAAGAAUAAUUAAAACAAAGAGAAACUCUAUAUUCCGAAUGUGCUCAAGGCAUUUCAGGGAAAAUGAUUAUGAAAUGAUUGGAGUACGCAAAUACCUAAAGAAAGACGCAAUACCAUCCAUAUUUGACAGUCAUUCAACAAAUCCUGACAUUUCAAAUAUAAAUGAACCACAACCUACAGAAAGCAUUCAACCUCCACCCAAAAAGAAAAGGACAUGGUCACACAAAAGUAGACACAAUACUACACAAGGUCUAAUAACACGGUCUAUAGGAACCAUGACAAUGAGCAGUUAUAACACUACAACACAGGAGAAAACAACAUGCAAUAUAAUAAAUAGUCCUUUGAAAGUUACAGACAUCGAACCAACCUGUACAAGUGCACCGCGAACAAGCGACCCUCGAACAUCAAUGGUCCUUAGCCCCAUUACAAGGUCUCAGUGUUACAGAAUAUCACUGACUAUGAAGAAGAAGCUGCCUGAGCAGAUCCUGAAUCACAUCCUGGAGAUUCUCUACCUGCUGACGGGAGAGCGUGUGACUAACUUACUGACAGCGAGUCACAUGACCGGGGACAAGAUGACAACAGAGAGAAUACUGACCCACACCCUGCAGAUCAUGCACCUGCUGACAGGGGAGGUGCCUAUAAAGUGUGAUGAUGUUGCUGUGUAUUUCUCUAUGGAGGAGUGGGAGUAUAUAGAGGGACACAAGGAGCUUUACAAGGACGUCAUGAUGGAGACUCACCAAGCACUAAGGAUUAUGGAGAUCCCAGGAAAUGAGAGCUCAGAACUAACAGGUCACAGUGAUGAACAUCUCUACACAGGAGCACAAGGAGACCUUGUACAGAAUUUUCAGCCAUCGGAUGUCUCUGCAAGUGACAUUAAUACUGACGUAGAUGUUAAAACAGAAGAUCUGAGUGUAACGUGUCAGCUGGAAGGUCCAAUGCAGGAAAUGUGUGACAGUGACAAUGCAGGUAAUAAUGAUGCUAAGAUUUCACUUAAGAUGGACACAGGUGAUGUUAAAACUGAAGUCACACUUAAUGCUGAACAAACAAAUGAUCUGUAUGUAAAUAGUCAGCAGGAAGCUGUUAAUCAGGAAAUCAGUGACAAUAUCACGAUCCUCUGGAGUGGCAAACGCUUCACUUGCACCUCCAUCAAGGAAAUCCUAUCCAUUUGCAGAGAUUUAGAUAUACCACCUCCACAAGUAGAAAAAAUGGAUCACCCACAGGAGGGUCAAUCAGGACCUGGUAAAUCAUCUCCUUUGCCACAGAGAAGGUUAGAUUACAUAUUUGUGGACCACUUGGUCCUAUCUCAGGCUAAGUCAUCCUCCAUCAAGCACACGUCCUGGUCGGACCAUUCCCUAGUCACAUGCACCAUAGGCUCGCCAACAGCAUCUCUUAGAGCCUUCCAGUGGAGGUUAGAUGAUUCAUUGCUACUUGACCCAGCUCAGGCAAAACUAUUUUCUUAA